CGUCAACUGGAGGUCGAGUGAAUGCGAGUCUUUGACUGAGGUGUAGUGAAAACCGUAAUGGCGUUAAAAAUGUAUUUUUAUUAUCGAAGCAAGUCUUGCAUACCAUGAAGUAUCAGCGGCUUCCCCCCAGCUUGAAUAAGGAGAUUUUACCGGCUGCUGGGGGGCAGUCCAAUCUUCGAAGCCCUUCAGGGAAAGCAUUUGUCGGAGUCAGUUCGGUUUAUUCCAUCAGGGCUUCGGUCAGAUUUGCACUAUUCUGCAUAAUCUUCAUCACGCUAUAUUGUCUCAUAUACAGCCCACUGGGCACUUGGUCCAAUGAGCCAGGAGUUGAGCCAAAUCUAACCUGGGUUCUACGACAAAGAGAAACGUUCUUGUCUAUCCUGCAACCGACUAAUCUGACAGCCCUUAUUACGCCAUCGGAGAGUCGGUGUGACCCCCAGCGUCUACUAACCAUCAUAGUCUGCUCAGCAGUCGUUAACAGCAAUGCCCGACAGGCCAUUCGAGAAACAUGGGCAACCGAAGCUCCACGAGAUAGCCGUGUAUUUUUUCUCGUCGGUCGACCACCGCAUAGCAACGAAACUCAACAGCAGGACAAACUUGAGGCGGAAGCUAAUCACUUUGAUGAUCUAAUCCAAGAAGAUUUCCUGGAUACGUACAAUAAUCUUACCUUAAAAUCAGCUUUUCUGCUGAAAUGGGCAAAUUCGUCGGGUUGUGCCGCUUCUUCACGCUUCGUGCUUAAAACCGAUGACGAUAUGUACAUCAAUGUGCACAACCUUGUCAGUCUUCUUAAGGCAAGGGGGCGGCCACGGAUGCUCCUUGGCGCUCUAAUUUCUAAAGCCACGCCGUUACGAGACUUCAAAUCAAAAUGGUCUGACGUAGUGUACCCACCGGCCGAGUUCAAUGUGUCCAUAAAACUGCCCGUGGGGCCUGUACGAUUCUUGCACAAGCCAGUGCUAGUAGUGAACACCCGAUGUUUUUGUCGCGAGGUAUACGUUACUGCCGUAGCUUGUUAAGGUUUCGUCUCGAUCAUGUUGGCCAUAGUCGACCGUCUAUAGGCACUUUUACUGUUCGAAGGUUCUAUUUUAGAGUGCUAAUUCAGCUCUUCGUCUAGCUUUUAAUUCUAAGUUUCUCUUAUAUCAAGUCCUAGAUUUAUAUUAUUAUUAUAUAUUAAGAUUUAGUCCUAAAGGUUUCCAUCAUAACCAUUAUGGCUUAAUGAAGUUUUUUCAAAAAUUCGAAUUUUGAUUCGCGUUUCCGCCUCUCGUGGUCCGAACAUUUUGGUACGGUGAAGUAUUCUAAUACUCCUGGGACGUAUACCUUUGCGUUUCUUUAGUCCCUCCCAAGCACCUUUCAGGUAGUUCUUGACAUUCUCACCACCGCUUGCUUCUCCGUAUGUUAAGUUGGCUAAGUGUGGCUAAUUGUUAUCCUCUGCUGCUCUGAAAAGCAGUUGCGGUCUCAGUCCACCAUAACAGCUAGAUAUUUGUGUGAUAUCUGUUUCCUUGGACUUGCGAAGCCCUCAUUGCCCUUAGUGCGUUCGAUGAGAAGUUUCCUAUGGCAUUUUAGGACGAACUUAAUGUCAGCUAAGGUAAAUAUCUUGCUUAAUAUUCAAUAGGAUUUCGGCGACCCGGUACAUCAUCGUCUCGCGUCAAGUUGUUUGCGAACAAUAACCCUGCCACCUUUAACCUCUCUCUCGUCUUAAGCAAGUUCUAAUAGUAGACGCUUGAUCCAUUCUGACCUUAUCAGUUACUAUUUCUGCUUAUGCUGUAUACAGCGCUUCCAGUUCCGACCACAUCCGGCAACCUCCUUAGUCCCUUAAUUGCAUGAAGUUUUUUUAGCUUGAUACUACUCGUGGCGUAAGAUUAGGCUGGUUUCUUUUAUAUCAAGAAUUAGAAUAUUAUCUAUACUCCAAUAAUUCAAAUAUAGGCGGGUUUAUGCAUCCUGCUACAGGUCAAUUUCGUACGAGAAUCUGUACAGAACAGGCUAUAUUGUGGAAGGUUGGUAGAUUGUUUUUUUCUAUGCUUUUGCUCGUCUUUUGUGCUCACCGAAGGGCGAAAAGUUAGCAACGGUUUCAAAUAAUUUGUGAUAGGCAGGAAUAACUGCCAAUUUGGUUGGUCGAUGACUGAAUGUAUUUGAUAUUUAAAAUUACGCGCGCGACCUUGUGCCGCUUAUGCGCUAUGCUCAGGGUAAUUUGUGGGUGAGGACAGCGUCAGAGAAGCAUACCUUCUCUAAAAAGAAUAUGCGUUUGAGUAACCAAAAUAUUUUCCUUCUCUAUAUAAAUCAUCCUACACUGAACUAAGGUCUAACCUUCAUCGAGAUUCGAUCCAAUAUAUCGGGCGCGAGCAUUCUUCUUGUCGAAAGCAGUCUGAUUAUGGCUUAGGCUUAAGUGGCAUCACAUAAUGAUUGGCAUGUUCGAUAGACUUAUAUCGGGUGAUUCAAGUUAGAUGAGAACUUUCUUUUUGCCCCGACAGCGUAUACGCAGUUCACGCUGACUCCUUCGCCUCAUUAUACGUCUUGUUUACAACAUUUUAAUUAUAACCUUUGCGGGGAACGGGAAGAGUAACUUUAUCUUCAUUUCCAUAACGUAACGUGCAACUGGCCACCGUCAAUUAAACUAUGUUGGCCAGCCCCCGCGGGCUCUAUCACUCGUUUGACGUUCAUUAGAUCGAGUUCGCGUGACAGUACGUAAAAUUUUAGUUAAUUAUUUAUCGGGAAACUUUAUGACCUCAAAGAAUUUGUUGUUUUCUGUGGACAUCAGUUGUUACACUGGAUAAUCGUAUACAGUCUAGGAUGGGAAAAGCAAUUGUGUAUAGCUAUAAUAUGGUGACUGAGUUUUUUCAGUAUAUACGAUACUCGAUUUUUUUAAAAUUGAGUUUAUGUCAAAUCUCAAGUUGCUUAAAUUUCAAAAUAAUAGUUAUGUGUGCUAGGAGAAAAGUAACAUGUAUUGAUAGUAUGUUUUGUUUACUGCGCUGUUCUGUAGGACAGCGUUCUAGUGUACGCUAUAUAUGUCAUAAGCUUAAAAUUGUACUAAAACUUGCGAUGGCAAGUUUAAUAAACACGAAUGCAUUUUUUUUCCACCACUAAAAUCAGUUUGUGUUUGCUAUUUCUAAUUAUGUUAGGUACGUUCCGUCUUAUAUUUUUGGAGAGAAAGCGUAUCCAAAUUAUCUCUCUGGAACUGGAUACGUGAU